AUGAUGCCCGUCGGUCCACGAGUCUCAAAGGAAGAAUUCAUGCACGCGCUUGGCUUGAACCCACAGGACCCACAGCAUGAACAGUAUUACCGUGCCAUGCGAGACGAAGCGAUCAUGGUCUACAACCACAUGAAUCAGGAUACGUCUCACCUCCUCGACAGCGUCCGCGCGGACCCUACCACUCGCCCUCCAUUUUUCUGGCACCAUAUUCGACCAGACCACCAACGGUGGGCAUGUAUGGAGAUCUGGCGCAAUUCUGGGCCCCUCACGCGCCCAUUGUUCGACCGUGGCAGUACCAAUGGCGAGUACGGCCCUAACUGGGUUGCCGGGUGGUUGUUGUACAGCGUUUUCCGCUCGCGUGAUGUGCGCAAUAACCGGAAUCGGCGCAAGGGAGAGAAUAACGGGCUUGGACCUGAGUCUGACAAGAGGACUAGGCAGGUGGAAGAGACUGCGUCACCAAAGAAAGGCUAUUACGAUCCAGUGCGAAAUGGGACGCUCUAGGUGUGGAUUGCUUUGAGUUCUUGUAUUUUUUGGGCCAUCAUGUGUGCAUUGGUCUGGUUUGUUUGAUUAAUUGCAUUUUGAACCCUCGAGAUAUGAUGCAUUUACCUCGCGGGUGUCAUGGUCUCGAUGGGAAGCGUGGAAAGUGUAGUGGGUUAAUACAAGUAAUGCAAUGCACGCUGUGAGAGUUGGUAUCAAGAAGAGACUCUAAUCAGAAUGGUACCCAUGAGAAUAAAUAUUCACAAUGAAUUUAUUUCAAUCAUCGUCCUCUUCAUCUUUGUCGCCCUUAUCCUUCUUCUGUUCGUCCUUCUUUCCCUCGGAUCUUAGCGCUUGAGUGACUCGCUUAUCUUGUUCAUCAGCGAGCUCGUUCCAUUCGGCGUCGUAUUCAGCAGCGAUACUUUUGAUUUCCCGACGAAGAGAUUUGCCCUCUUCGAUCAAGCUCUCCCAAAGUUGCAAAUCGAUGUUGUGCUGUUGAUAGAGCUUUUUCUGGCGCGCACUCACAGUGAAGUCGAGCGCGGACUUGUAGGAGAUCUCCCGAUUAUGGUAUAGGAACCAGAGAUAACCGCCCAUCAGCGUAGACAAACUGACCAGGUAGGUCACCGGCUCCAUGGUAUCCCAACCCAAGUCCGUUUCAAAGGUUAGCUUGUAGACAGUGAACCACCAAGUGGCGAGAAUUCCAAAGCCGCCAAUAGCGACACGCCUUGCUCCGCGCUGCGCCAGGUUAUCACAUUCAUGUUUGAUCUCUGCUAUUCCCUGGAUCUGUCGUGAUAUCUUCCGCAGCCUCAUGCGCAAGAAAUAUGUGCGCUCGUUGAAUGAUGGCACCGUGACUCUGAUAUGGCCCAGUCCUGCUGGCGCACCUUCGAUGGUGACGAUAAACUCCCGAGCGCGAGCUGCAUCGCGAAUGAAAUCGCCAACUUCAGUGGCUUGAGACCACCGUACGAACCGUUCUGGUUCUCCGUUCAGAGGAUCAAGACUAGAGUCUGUCUUGCGGGGGUAGCUGUACGUCUCGGCAUCCUCCUCUCGAGACCGUCGCCGUUGCUCAAUAGGUGCCCUACUCCCCGGUUUCUGAUCAACUCCGUCUUCCUUUGGUUUGGAAUCAGCGUUAUGAGAGUCCGAAUCCACGUCGUGAUUGUCUUCAGCUCUCUUCUUUGGCUUUAUUGCGUUGUCUUCGUGUUGCAGCGCAAUGAAGGAUAUAGCGGGUGGGCGCUUAAUAUUCUCGCCAUCGAUAGGUGGUACCUCCGACUGGAUUAAUCGUUCCAGAUACGACAGGGGCUGCUGUGGAUGGACUAAGAUGGCAAUCGGUUCAAUCCCUGC